AUGCAUGAAGCACGUCGUCUCUCCAUUCUUCUCAACCACUUGAAUAUCCAUGUGGAUCAAGAACAACAACAAAAUUCCCUAUCAUCAAAUUCAUGUUCAUCAUCUUCAUCAUCAAAACAACAACAAAUAAUUUAUAAUAUUCCUUCCAAUGCUUCUGAUUUGAACUUUAAAGGGGAUGAUCAUCAUUUGGAAUUACCUGCUGAUGAAUCCCUGCAUAGAUAUCAUUUGAUGCUCAAGAGAAAGGAUCAACCACUCUACGAUCAACUUCCAACCAAAUCACUUUCAUCAUUGAAGGCUUUCCAUUCCAAAGAUUGUAAAUCACUUGCUUCACGUCUUUUACAAACAGCUGAAAAGACUAUUUUCGAUAAGGGUUACACUGCAGCUCGUGAAGCUGUUUGGAAGAUUUUAAAUCAAGAAACUUUUACUAUUGAUAAUGAAUGGCAAGAUCAACAACUCAGACUUCAAAUUGUUUCACAAUUCCGUGAAUUCAUCAAGAAUAAGCCAAUUACAACACAAGUUAUGAAUGAAAAUAUCUUCUUCUUUUUGGGAGCACUUGAAUCUGCAAUUCAAUAUGAUACAUCAUUCACUGCUGCUCUUGUUGUUAGUAUGCAAUUAUUUGGUACUUGUAUUUACAAGCUAGGAACUGGAAGACAUCAAUACUUGUUGAAUGAUUUGAAUUCUGGUCGUGAUAUUGGAAGUUUUUGCAUGACUGAACUUACUCAUGGUUCAAAUACUAGAGCCAUUGAAACAACAGCUCAUUACGAUCAUGACAAGAAGGAAUUCAUCAUCAACUCACCAAGUGAAUCAUCUUACAAAUAUUGGAUUGGUAAUACUGCCUUCUUUGGAACCAAGACUUGUGUAUUUGCUCAAUUAUAUGUCAAUAAUGAAAAUAAGGGUGUACAUGUCUUUGUUGUUCCAAUCAGAGAUCAAGAUACACUCGACAUGUAUCCAGGUAUUACCAUUAAGGAUAUUGGAUCAAAGAAUGGAUGGCGUGGUGUUGCUAAUGGUUGUCUUCGUUUUGAUCAUGUAAGAAUUCCAGCUAGUGCCCUAUUAAACAAGUAUGGCGACAUUGAUACAAGUGGUAAUUAUACCAGUCAAAUUAAGGAUGAAAAUGUAAGAUUCGCCCUAACUUUGGCAGCAUUGAGCAUGGGAAGAUUGCUCUAUAUUGCUGGUCCAACUUUUGCUUUGAGAGCUGGUUUGACCACAGCCAUCAGAUAUGCUCACCAAAGAAGACAAUUUGGUGGAAAGGAUGGAAAGGAAAAUUUAAUUUGGGAAUAUCCAACUCAUUUGAAUAUGAUGUUACCAAUGGUUGCCAUUUCACAUGCUUUCCACUCUGGAAUGGUUACUUUGGCUCAUGAAUGGGCAAGUGUCAACAAUUCUAAUAUGGAAGAUUUCCAUGCUGUAGUUUCAGGUAUUAAGGCCUACGUUUGUGAAUAUGUCACUCCUGCAUUGAGAGAGUUGAGAGUUGCUUGUGGUGGUCACGGAUACAGUUCAAACAAUAGAAUCAACAUUCUCAUGAAUGAUAUGGAUGUUUUCAAUACUGCUGAAGGUGAUGCCACUGUUUUGUAUAUUCAAGUUGCUAAAUUCCUUCUUGGAAAGGCUUCAAAGAAGGCCAAUAAUAAUCCAGUCCUCAAACUUGUUUUGAGUGCUGAACCAAAGGCUGCUCAAAAUGUAAACUUAUUGACAUUUGAAAAUCAAGCAAAGGCAUUGGCUUUCAGAGUCAAAUCCUUAUUGGAAAAGUGUUCCACCUCCAUUGCUAAACACAUGAAGGAUAAGAAGGAUGCCCAAACUGCAUUCAACUUGGCUCUUGUUGAUGUAAUUGAACUUGCAAGAAGUUACAUUGAAUUGGAAAUGUUAUUCAGACUCGACAAGUCUCUCAUUAAGAAUGCUGCUGAUGAACAAGUUAAGCAAGUUUUCAAGACCUUGUCUGAUAUUUAUGCUCUCACAAUCAUCAAGCAAAACCUUUCCUAUUAUUUAGUUUAUCAAUAUUUUGAUAUUGACACAUCCAAGAAGGUUAUGGAUGACAUUCUUCCACAUCUUUACCAAACAGUUAAUCCAGACAUUUUGGAAAUUGUUGAUUCCUUCAAUAUUCCAGAUUCAUUGUUGAGAGCACCAUUAGGUUUGAGUAAUAACCAAAGCUAUGUCAAGAGAACACUCCAAAGCAUUGGUUUCAAAGCUCCAACCAUUGAAUAAUAAAAUAUUUUAGACAAUUAU